CGCUUCUUCUUGCAACGCGUGUCUUCUCGUAACACUUUCUUUAAAUAUCCAUCUUAAGCUUGAGAAAUCUUCGGAUACGCAAGCACGCUUUGGCCAGGACCUUAAUUAAUAUCCUAUCCGGAGAGUCACGGCUUGUGGGUCCUAAGUUCAACUAGGUUUUCACAGCUUUAGCAAUGGAAGGCGAACCAAUCAGGAACAAAGACUUCUAUGGUUCAUACACUGACUCGUUUGGAGGGUUACACGAUGUAAAUAAAUACUAAAUAGCAAACCGUCAGCGAAGAUAAUCUAUCUCCUUUACCUGACCCACCCCAUCGUGCACGAUCGUAGAGCCUCUCUGGUUCUACACAAUGGAAAACACUUAUUAUGAUGUAGAGUCACCAUAUUUGCCUGAGUUCGGGAUCGUUCCUUCCUUUUCAACCAGCUUGGACGAGUGUAACUCUUACAUUAACUGGUCAAACGCUCAAAGUUUCAUUGACGAUACCCUUGAGCGUAUGGAUCAUGCUCCCACUGGCACUGAUAUGCAGGACUUAGUCUACUGCGAGCCUGGUGAAUCAGAAUGCAGCAAAGAACAGUGGGAAAAGGAGGAAGUACAAGAUAUUGGUUCGGAAACGGGAACUACCCACGCAUCAAUGGAACAGACGGACCCUACUAAGGUCGGGUCUUCUGCGGGUCGAGCUGCCGCUGAGCGGCGACGCAUUGCGCAUCCCACCGGAGGGAGAAACCCAUCGAGAUUCUUUUGCACGAUACCGGGCUGCGGGGCCCAGUUUACAGCGAAACAUAACUACAACUGUGAGUGGCCUUCCAGUCUCGCAAUCCUAUUAUUGAUUGAGUCACUAGAUCAUGUCAACGCCCAUAACAAGAUCAGACGAUUCCAGUGCAAUGCUUGUAAAAACCGAUAUCCAUCCAUGAAUAAUCUGAAGCGGCAUUGGCGUACUUGCAAGGGUACCAAGGGUGCCCGCUCUGUGUAGGGCUACUUCAGUGCCGGCGAUGCGCCGGCAGUUUCGCACUAGUUUCACAUAAACCGAAGAGACUAUGACAUACCGCCAUCAAAUAAAUAGAAAAAAAAG